AUGAAAAUUUUAAAGGAAUUGCAUAAUUGUGAAAAUAGUGAAGAUGAGAGAAUAGUUGAAAUGGGCAAGCAAAUAAAGACAAAGUUCGACAAAUAUUGGGGUUCAUUAAACAAGAUGAAUGUGAUGCUAUUUGUAGCAGUUUUUCUAGACCCUAGAUACAAGUUGGAUUACAUUAAAGCCGAAUACAUUAUUUAUUAUUCUGAAAGUGAGGCCAAACUUUUGGUUGAUAAAGUGGUAAAUGCUUUGAAAGAAAUGUUGAAUGAAUAUAUGAGUUCAAAUGAUCAAGCAUGUAUGGGUGAUAAUGGUUUUGGUCAAAGUGCUAAUGUUGAAAAAUGUGAUAAGGCAAUGAUAGAAGAAGAUGAAAAGAUUGAAGAUUACUUUAUUCAAAUGGAGGAGCAAAAGUUGGCUUCUGAAUCUGAGUUGGAUAGAUAUUUAUAG